AGAGAGAGAGCGCAGCCUCCGUGUUUCUGUGAGUAGAUGUGAGUGCGCGCUGAAGAAUUCAGCUGCCAGCCGGACGACUUUUCUUUAAGGAUACGACUAAAUAUCUUCUACUCGAGAGGGGGGAAAAAGGAGGAAGAGGUUUGGAGAGGAGCGUGUUUUGCUGGCUGAAGAUUCCUGCGCGGGAGAAGAACACGGACGUCGUCGCCCUUUUUCGGGUGACUUUGUGGCAACAGCGGGGAUAAAGUACAAACUCCGACUGCUGCUGGAUGGGGUGAAGUUUUCCCUUCACAAACUUGCGGAAAAACCCAAAAGUAUUUCCAAGAGGCCAAAAGGGGAGGAGAAGGGGGUUGCAGAGAAAACGCCCCGCCGCCUGUUGCUGCUGCUGCAAUCUCCAAAUUCAAACUUUAUCAUCUUCCAAUGUAAAAAAAACCAAAGCAGAGCGUUUAAUUGCUCGGAUGUAAACGGCUUUCGAAGCGAGGGAAACUUUCUUCCCCCUUUUUUUUCCUCUUUUUUUUCCCCCUUUUUCCCUUUUGUGUGUGUGUGUCCUCGGUGGAAGUAUCUGGUGCUGCUGGGUGGGCUCUGCCCGCGGUGCUGCUGCUCCAGGCCGGCGGCCAUUAGCCGGGAUCCGGCCCGGCUCCCAUGUGAACCCGGACCCUGCGCUGCAGGUGGCAACCCUAGCUGCAGGGCCACUCCCGAGCUGCAGCCAUGUCGCUGGGCGCCGAGAAGAGGAUGGAGAGCCGGCUGAAGAAGCUGGAGGACAUGAUCCGAGACCCCAAGUCCCCCCUCAACCUUGAAAGUUUACUGGACUCCUUAAAUGCGCUGGUCUUGGACUUGGACUACCCGGCACUUCGCAAGAACAAAAACAUCGAAACCUUCUUAAACAGAUAUGAAAAAGUCGUAGUGGAGCUUCGAGGCCUCCAGAUGAAAUCUGAAGACUUUGAAAAAGUUAAAGUCAUUGGUCGAGGGGCCUUUGGUGAAGUCCAGCUGGUCAGACAUAAAGCAUCAAAGAAGGUCUACGCCAUGAAGCUGCUAAGCAAAUUUGAGAUGAUCAAGCGCUCCGACUCUGCGUUCUUCUGGGAAGAGAGAGGCAUCAUGGCGUUUACCAACAGUCCCUGGGUCGUGCAGUUGUGCUGUGCCUUCCAAGACGAGCACUACCUCUACAUGGUGAUGGAGUACAUGCCAGGAGGAGAUCUGGUCAACCUCACCAGCACCUACGACGUGCCGGAGAAAUGGGCAAAGUUCUACACAGCCGAGGUGGUGAUGGCGCUAGACGCCAUCCACUCCAUGGGCUUCAUCCACCGCGACGUCAAGCCAGACAACAUGCUGCUGGACGGACAGGGACACCUGAAGCUGGCCGACUUCGGCACGUGCAUGAGGAUGGACGCCACUGGCAUGGUGCACUGCGACACGGCCGUCGGCACCCCAGACUACAUCUCCCCCGAGGUGCUGAAGUCUCAGGGAGGAGACGGUUAUUACGGGAGGGAGUGCGACUGGUGGUCCGUAGGGGUCUUCAUUUUUGAGAUGCUUGUUGGUGACACUCCGUUCUACGCCGACUCUCUGGUGGGAACCUACAGUAAGAUCAUGGACCACAAAAACUCCCUGAAUUUCCCUGAUGAUGUGGAGAUCUCCAAGGAUGCCAAGGAUAUCAUCUGUGCCUUCCUGACUGACAGGGAGGUGCGGUUGGGCAGAAACGGCGUGGAGGAAAUCAAGCGACAUCCUUUCUUCAAAAAUGACCAGUGGACUUUCGACACCAUCAGAGGAACGGUCGCUCCGGUGGUUCCAGAGCUGAGCAGCGACAUCGACACCAGUAACUUUGACGAGAUAGAAGACGACAAAGGCGACGUAGAGACAUUCCCCACACCGAAGGCCUUUGUUGGAAAUCAGUUACCAUUUGUUGGCUUCACUUACUUCAAAGAAAACCAAUUACUAUGUGCCCCCAACAAUUCAUCUGUGGCUCAUGAGAAUUCAAAAGGCGAGUCGGCAGCCCUUCAGAAGAAACUCCGCCACCUAGAGGUGAAGCUGAACAACGACAAGCAGGCCAAAGACGACCUGGAGCUCAAAUACAGAACCGCUACCGGCCGCCUAGAAAAAAUAACCAAAGAGCUGGAGGAAGAGGUGAGCGGCAGGAAGAACCUGGAGUCGAGUCUCCGGCAGCUGGAGAGAGAGAAGGCGCUGCUGCAGCACAAGAGCCUGGAGAGCCAUCGCAAGGCCGAGAACGAGGCCGACAGGAAGCGCUGCCUGGAGAACGAAGUCAACGGCCUGCGAGAUCAGCUGGAUGAGUUGAAGAGAAGAAACCAGAACUCACACAUUUCCAACGAGAAGAACAUUCAUCUGCAGAAACAGCUGGAGGAGGCCAACACAUUGCUGCGUGCCGAGUCUGAAGCUGCGGUGAGGCUUCGCAAAGCCCAGACGGAGAACAGCAAGCAGCUGCAGCAGCUGGAGGCCAACGUGCGCGAGCUGCAGGACAAGUGCUGCCUGCUGGAACGCAGCAAGCUGAGUCUGGAGAAGGAGGGAAUCAGCCUGCAGGCGGCGCUGGAGGCGGAGAGGAGGGAGCACAGCCAGGGAUCCGAGACCAUCAGCGACCUGAUGGGACGUAUUUCUGGCCUGGAAGAGGAGCAGCGCCAGCAGAGACAGGCUCUGUCCAAAGCUGACACUGAAAAGAGACACCUUCAGGACAAACUCACCGACAUGGAGAAGGAGAUGAGCAACAAGCAGAUCGAUCUGACCUACAAGAUGAAGGUUCUGCAGCAGGAGCUGGAGCAGGAGGAGACCUCUCACAAGGCCACCAGAGCUCUGCUGGCAGACAAAAGCAAGAUCAAAGUAACAAUCGAGGGUGCCAAGUCCGAGUCCAUGAAGGAGAUGGAGCAGAAGCUGUCGGAGGAGCGAGCGGCAAAACUCCGGCUGGAGAACAGAAUACUGGACCUGGAGAAACACAGCAGCAUGAUGGAUUGUGAUUACAAACAGGCCUCGCAGAAACUAGACGAGCUGCGGGGGCACAAGGACCGUCUCACUGAGGAGGUGAAGAACCUGACGCUGAAGAUCGAGCAGGAAACCCAGAAGCGAAACCUGACCCAGAACGACCUGAAGGCCCAGAACCAGCAGCUCAACAUCCUGAGAGCGUCGGAGAAGCAGCUGAAGCAGGAGAGCAACCACCUGCUGGACAUCAAGUGCAGUCUGGAGAAGCAGAACCAGGAGCUACGCAAGGAAAGACAGGACACGGAUGGACAGAUGAAAGAACUCCAGGACCAGUUAGAGGCUGAGCAGUAUUUCUCUACUCUCUAUAAGACUCAAGUUCGAGAACUGAAGGAAGAAUGUGAGGAGAGGAACAAACUGUACAAAGAAGUGCAGCAGUCGCUCCAGGAGCUGCAAGAGGAGAGGGACUCUCUGGCAGCUCAGCUGGAGAUCACGCUGACCAAGGCCGACUCUGAGCAUCUGGCCCGCUCCAUCGCUGAGGAGCAGUACUCGGACCUGGAGAAGGAGAAGAUCAUGAAGGAGCUGGAGCUGAAGGAGAUGAUGGCCCGCCAUCGCCAAGAACUGGGGGAGAAGGACAUCACCAUCAACUCGCUGGAAGAGGCCAACAGGACUCUGACCAGCGACGUGGCCAACCUGGCGAAUGAAAAAGAGGAGCUGAACAACAAACUGAAGGAAGCACUUGAAGACUCUGAGAAGUCUAAGGAUUGGGAGCAGCAGAUAAGCCAGAUGAAGCAGAUGUUUGAGAAGCAACUGCAGUCCGAGAGAACGCUGAAGACUCAGGCGGUCAAUAAGCUGGCGGAGAUCAUGAACAGGAAGGAACUGCGCGGUGGAGGCAGUCGCCGCGGCAACGACACAGACAUGCGUAGGAAAGAGAAGGAGAACAGGAAGCUGCAGCUGGAGCUGAGGUCGGAGAAGGAAAAGCUCAACAGCACCAUGAUCAAAUACCAGAAGGAGAUCAAUGAAAUGCAAGCACAACUGGCAGACGAGAGCCUGAUGCGUGUGGAGCUUCAGAUGGCUUUGGACAGCAAGGACAGUGACAUCGAGCAGCUGAGGAACCUCCUGCAGACGCUCAGCGUCCAGUCCAUGGAUUCUGCCAGUGUCAGCAGCGGGCCCGACUUUGAUACCGAUGAUAUGUACACGGAAACCAGGCUCGAGGGUUGGCUCUCUCUUCCCGUCAGAAACAACACCAAGAAGUUUGGGUGGGAGAAAAAGUAUGUCGUGGUGAGCAGCAAGAAGAUUCUUUUCUACAACAGUGAACAAGACAAAGAGCAGUCUAUUCCCUACAUGGUGCUCGAUAUCGACAAACUCUUCCACGUGAGGCCCGUCACUCAAACAGAUGUGUACCGUGCGGAUGCCAAGGAAAUUCCCAGGAUAUUCCAGAUUCUUUAUGCCAACGAAGGCGAGAGCAAAAAGGAGCCGGAGUUUCCGCCGGAGCCUCUGGCCAUCGGGGAGAAGUCCAGCUACAUCUGCCACAAAGGCCACGAGUUCAUCCCCACGCUGUACCACUUCCCCACCAACUGUGAGGCGUGCACCAAGCCGCUGUGGAACAUCAAGCCCCCGCCGGCCCUGGAGUGCCGGCGCUGCCACAUCAAGUGCCACAAGGACCACAUGGACAAGAAGGAGGAGAUCAUCGCUCCUUGCAAAGUGAACUACGACGUGUCUACGGCCAAGAACCUGCUGCUGCUGGCCACCUCCAGGAGGAGCAGCAGAAGUGGGUGAGCCGCCUGGUCAAGAAGAUCCCCAAGAAGCCGCCCCCGCCAGAGCACUUUGCACGCUCCUCGCCGCGCGCAUCCAUGAAGGUUCAGCCCAGCCAGUCCAUGAGGAGGGCCAGUCGACAGCUCCCCACCAGCAAGAG